AUGAGACAAGUGAUACUUCUGCUUUGCGUAGUAGCAAUAGCUAAUGCAAAGCUUUUGAAGAAAAAUGAAGACUCCCAGCAAACACAAAACAUAAAACCUCUUCAAAAUAGCCAACAUCAACAGGUAAAAGAAGCAACUUCGCCACAACAAACUGUUCAAGAUCAACAACCAAGACCUCAACGAACACAAGUCAAAGAUCCUCCGCAAACGAGUCCCCAACAAUCGCAAUCACCAGUAAAAGGUCCUCCGCAAACGAGUCCAAAACAAGGACCUUCGAAACUACAAGUAAAAGGGCCUCCGCAAACGAAAUCCCCACAAGCUCAGAUUAAAAGUCCUCCGCAAACGAGUUCCCAACAAGGACCUCCAAGACAACGAGUAAAAGGACCUCCAGAAACGAAAUCUCCACAAGCUCAGAUUAAAAGUUCUCCGCAAACGAAUCCCCAACAAGGACCUUCGAAACUACAAAUAAAAGGGCCUUCGCAAACGAAAUCUCAACAAGCUCAGAUUAAAGGUCCUCCGCAAACGAGUCCCCAACAAGGACCUACGAAACUACAAGUAAAAGGACCUCCAGAAACAAAAUCUCCACAAGCACAGAUUAAAGGUUCUCCGCAAACGAGACCCCAAGAAGGACCUUCGAAACUACAAGUAAAAGGACCUCCAGAAACGAAAUCUCCACAAGCUCAGAUUAAAGGUUCUCCGCAAACGAGACCCCAACAAGGACCUUCGAAACUACAAGUAAAAGGGCCUCCGCAAACGAAAUCUCCACAAGCUCAGAUUAAAGGUUCUCCGCAAACGAGUCCCCAACAAGGACCUUCGAAACUACAAGUAAAAUGGCCUCCGCAAGCUCAGAUUAAAGGUCCUUCGCAAACGAGUCCCCAACAAGGACCUUCGAAACUACAAGUAAAAGGGCCUGCGCAAACGAAAUCUCAACAAGCUCAGAUUAAAGGUCCUCCGCAAACGAAUCCCCAACAAGGACCUCAAAGACAACUAGUAAAAGGACCUCCGGAAACGAAAUCUCUACAAGCUCAGAUUAAAGGUUAUUAG